AUGUCGCAGAACAGGCCUUCGGCGUUCUCCAGCUUACGCAUGGGCGAGGUAAUUCGCGAAAAGGUUCAGGAUGGCUUGACCGGAGAGACAAAAGAGAUGCAGUACACCCAGUGCAAGAUCGUCGGCAACGGCUCCUUCGGUGUUGUCUUCCAGACUAAGCUGUCGCCCAGCGGCGAAGAUGCUGCCAUCAAGCGCGUGCUUCAGGACAAGCGUUUCAAGAACAGAGAGCUCCAGAUCAUGCGGAUAGUGCGACACCCGAACAUUGUCGAGUUGAAGGCCUUCUACUACUCGAACGGCGAUCGCGUAGGUCUCAGACCAUUUGAUCCUCCGACCAAGUCACUAAUGCAGCCUGGUCAGAAGGACGAGGUUUACCUCAAUCUCGUACUCGAAUUCGUCCCCGAAACCGUCUACCGCGCAUCCCGCUACUUUAAUAAGAUGAAGACGACCAUGCCUAUCCUCGAGGUGAAGCUCUACAUUUACCAGCUGUUCCGCUCGCUCGCCUAUAUCCACAGCCAGGGCAUCUGCCACAGAGACAUCAAGCCGCAAAACCUGCUCCUCGACCCUAACAGCGGUAUUCUGAAGCUUUGCGAUUUCGGCAGUGCAAAGAUACUCAUUGAGAACGAGCCCAACGUCUCGUACAUCUGCUCACGCUACUACAGAGCCCCCGAGCUUAUCUUCGGCGCAACCAACUACACGACAAAGAUUGACGUUUGGUCGACUGGUUGUGUCAUGGCUGAGCUCAUGCUCGGUCAGCCCUUGUUCCCCGGUGAGUCGGGUAUCGACCAAUUGGUUGAGAUCAUCAAGGUCUUGGGAACUCCCACUCGCGAUCAAAUUCGCACCAUGAACCCCAACUACAUGGAACACAAGUUCCCUCAGAUCAAGCCUCACCCCUUCAACAAGGUCUUCCGCAAGGCUGACCCCAGCGCCAUCGACCUCAUUUCCAAGCUUCUCGAGUACACACCGACACAGCGUUUGUCUGCCAUUGAAGCCAUGGUCCACCCCUUCUUCGAUGAGCUGAGAGACCCCAACACUCGCUUCCCUGACUCUCGUCACCCUGGAGGUGCCUCCAAGGAUAUGCCCGAGCUGUUCAACUUCAACCACCACGAACUCUCAAUCGCACCCCACUUCAACCACCAACUCGUUCCCCCGCACGUCCGUCCUCAGUUGGCAGCGAAGGGUCUUGACAUUGACAACUUGACGCCCCUGACCAAGGAUGCUAUGAUGGCACGACUGGAUUAA